UUUUUUCCUCUUCUAGUACACCGCUGUCGUGGCUGAGCUUCGGUCAAGUGAAGUGCUUUCUUGGUCAAAAUAAUAAACCUUCGCUUGUCUUAUUUCAAAUGAACAGGUGAUUGUGUAAGUGUAUUGGAUGAUUAAUCAAGCGCAAUAUGACUGACACAAGUAAAAGAGCUCGCUUGAGCCUCCUCCACAUUGCGCCGUCGCUCGUGGGGCUGCUGGCGGCGACGGUAAUGUGGAGCAGCGUCGGUGCUGACGGGCGGUAUGUGCUGAUCAACCUCACCAUCCACAACCCCGGGGAUGUAAACGUCUACAAGUCUUUCCAGACGGACGAAGAAAAUCUGAGGAGGUUUAACCUGACGGCGGAGGACAUGUCAAAGGGGAAUGUUCAACUCAAUUCUCACGGCGAGGUAGACGAGAUCGAAGUGAAAGGAAAGCAUAUUCCCCUGCAUUUAGACCUGAGGAAGGAGCUCGAGGGGCUAACGUACUCGUAUCUGACGGUGGACCAUAAGACUUGGUCGGUUCGGGUUGGCGACUUCGUUAAUGUCACUCAUGACCCUAAUCUGGUGCCCGAAAAUGUGACUCUGGAUUGGUCCUUAAUUCCUGCGUAUAACCCAAAUCCUGCAAACAUAUCCUUGAGAUCGGGUGUGUCGGAAGCCAGUAUCCACUUCGAUAACAAUACACUGUUGUUCCAGUAUUUAGAGGGGGAAGUGAAAGUGGGGAAGUGGGUACCCAUCCUCCCCUACACUGGACUAUACCUUCGAGUCAUCAAUCCUCACACUCGGCAGCUUACCUUCAGCAAGUACUAUUCAACCGACUACUUCAUGGACAAGGAAUUUUUGGAAAACUUACAGAACCUCAAGAACGGUCGAAUUGCCAUCGUCGCUUCCUUUUACGACAUAACCGGACACUUUGAAUCACCCGUGAGGAACGCUCUUGAGGAAUUGGGAUCCUUCGCAGUACAACACCUGAGAUUCCGUGACCUUUGGGCGUGGGUAUGGCAGACGGGCGGAGCGACCUUAGCAGAAGGACUGGUCACCAACCGAAAUGGAGUCGAAACCCUCCCGCCACCUCUGUUCUUGUCCCUGCAGAUGCCAGCGGUCAAUGUCACAGAGCGUUUCUGCAAAGACUGGCCAACGGGUGGUACUUGGGAAAAGAGGAAACAUUUUUGUGACACUUAUGACGGAUAUGGAGAUUUGUGUUCUUGUGACAACCCUUUCUCAAUAACUACCGCUACUCCGAAGAUGGAGACAUGGCGUGAGGACAUUGGCAUCUUGCUGGUGACAGGGAAUCGCCCGCAGUAUUUAUAUAGGCUAUUACGUCAAGUCCUUCUGCAACCUGGCGUGAACAAGACGCAGAUUUUCGUGUCCAUCGACGGGUUUCACGACGAGCCUGUGAAAUUGGUGGAGAUUUUUGAACUUCAGUACCUAAUUCAUCGUCCAGAAGGGAAAGGAUCACCAAGGAUUUCCAGGCAUGUGAGGUUUGCCCUCUUCAAAGUACUGGAGGCCUUGGACACAGACAAAUUCAUAGUUCUUGAGGAAGAUCUUCUCCUUUCGCCAGAUUUUUAUUCGUACAUGCAACAGACGUCCGCCAUUCUGGACACGGACACCACAGUGUACGGUGUCUCUGCUUACGCCCAUUUCUCCUACAACCACACAGCCAGGGACGCAACCAGAUUAAACCGUGUCCAUUCAUUCCCGGCGUAUGGUUGGAUGGUCAAGAGGAGAUUCGUGGAGGAAACGUUGCCCAAGUGGCCGCCUCACUUUGUGGCAGCGGACUGGGACUACUGGAUGGGCACUGGACUGGUUCGUCGAGGAAGGGAACUCAUAAUUCCUGAAAUUUCGAGAACAGUACACGCGGGUCUCACGGGAGCUCACGUCAACGGCUUCCUCACCAAGCGAAGAUACAGCAAUAAACCUGUCACUACGGAUCCCAAUGCUAGAGUUAAUAUAACUGGGCUGCGGAAGGAAAUAUACGAAAGAGAAAUCCUUGCUCUGGUGAACAAAGCUGAACUAUUGAACAUUACGGACCCAUACAACUACGACUUUCCUCGGACGCCGGGUAAAGUGUACGCUAUAUUCAUAAAGAUGACCAAGGAAGAAGAUGAUGCAGCUCUGAGGAUUAUUGCCGACGCUCUGUACGUGUGGAAUCAAGACGCCCGAGACCACCAUUUCGGCUUAUGGAGGAUUCCGUACUACGACGCCAUGAUCCUCAUAAUAGGAUACCCAUAUUCUAAGUACAGGAAAUAUUACAAGAAAGGCUACAAUGUGAUAUGGGCUAAUUCAGCAAGGUUGGAACAUUUAUCAGAUAAUUUUAAUGAUGAUAACUUUUUCUACAAGAGUCACGGCAAAUCUGAUUACAUCAAUAUUAUGAAUUUAUAUGGCACUUCUAAGGCUAAGAGUGUCAACCAAAGGAUCGUAAAUAAACGGAGGCUCACAAAUCAAGAAUUUCUGACUACCUCCUCACAAUUUCAAAAUAAACUCGAGCUUCACCCAGUAACUGAGAAGCAAGAAAACUUGAAAAAUCAAGAUAAAGAAAGGAUUCCCAUCAAGAAUGGAAAUCUGAAUGAAAGUGAAUCAACCAUGAUUCACGAUUCCAUAACUUCCACUUCCAUUCAAGAUGUAACAGAGAAAAUCAAGUUAGGAUCAGAAAUGAUGAUCUCUGAUGACUCUUACAUACAUGGUAAUGAUGAUUCUAAUUUAGGGACUACGUAUGCAUUGGGUAAUUCUUCGCUCAGUUCAACAGCAGUAAUGAAAGAGGACAAAGUAAAAUUACAGAAUUAAUAUGAUACAUUAAAAGAACUUAUUUCUGAAAUGAUUAAAAAUUAAGUUAAUUUUUUUCUUCUGUUGGUUGUAAUAAACUGUACUGGUUUUAGACCUACUCUUAAGCCUUUGGAUUUGGUAAUGAUAUAAUCCAUUUAAACAAGCAUAAAGGAUAAUUGAUUUAAGUCAUGACUCUCCACAUGCUAGUUUCAACAUUAUCAUUUUGUUUGAACUUGGAACACAUAUAGCACAUACAGUGUGAGAAUUCUUCAGCUAUGUAAUUUUCUUCAUUACAAGUAAAAUAAUUA